AUGGAAGGUGGAACUUUUACUGAGCUUAGCCCGACUUCGAGGCCAGGAGUCCUUUAUUCUGCUUCUCUAGUCCAUAAUAUGUUAAUAACAAAUUUCAAAGUAAUAUGUCUUUCCCGAGAUGAGAGCCUCGUGGCUAACACAACUAUAGGUUACACGGACAUCCAACCUCUAGGUUUCGUGACACUUCUAGGUGCCCGCCUUUUUGCCAGUGAAAGGGGAUCGAAUGCUAACUACAAUGCUUUGAUUUUGCUCUUUCCCCUCGCCGACGCAGCGGAAGGCAACGGCUGGGAGCGAGGUUCCUAAUGAACUUUGGUCGCGCGGGCCGUCUGUUGUGCGCAGCUUGCCGACUUCAGGUGCGGGAGGAAAACGCAGCUGCAGUCGCUAUAUAGGUUCUUCCUUGCCAUGUUUUGGAAGAAAGUCGUAACUGCGGGAGUAUUAUUACUGCUGGGCUACAGCUCAGCUUUGUGGAGGUAUAGGACGAAUGCCAAAACUUAUUCUAUUUUCAACACCAGAACAACUAUCCAUUUAGAAUAUGAAGGACCAGAUUUUAUAGAAUGGGACAUCCCAGGAGUUUGUUCUGUUAAAAAUCGAACUUUACAAAACACAAUAAUGAUCUGUUCAGUUCAAGGUGUUCAUAUCAUAAGACCCAAAGUUUAUGGUAAAACAGCAGAAGCUGAAGAACGCUUUUUAUAUGUAGAUCGUCCUAGUGAGUGCUUUCUGUGGUAUUACCAAUCAAGUCGUGUGGACAACAAGCCCAUUCAGAACAUAGUGAUGUGGAUAUAUGAUCCAGAAAAUGCAAGUCCUGAAGAGCUAGCCAACAAUGCAUCACAACCUUCAAUUAAUUCCAUGUCACUUAGCAGCCAGUUUUUCAGUAUGGGAGAAGAGCCUACUAUUGUAUCAGUAAUCUCUUAUGAUGUUUACUCUCCAGAAAUUACAAAGCAAGAAGGGAUAUGGGAAGUGCAAAUACCACAUACAAAAGCGAACAUUCUUUUGAUGAUCAAAGGGAAUUCAGUAGCUUUCCAAGAUUGCUUUGUUGCACACCAUCUAUUUUUAGUAUCUUAUAUAACACAAAAUUUUACUCAGAAUUCUGAGGACCUACCUAUAACAACAAAUACUGAAGAAAAUAUACUUUUUGACUGGCGCCCCUGUUUUCCUGCAAAUGUUGUCACGAUUUCACAUUGGGAGACUCUUUAUUCAAAUGAUGCUUUCAAUACUACACAGAAGAUCAGAAUACCCCCCAAUAUGCUUACUGAUGAAGAAAGGGAAAAUGUACAAGAUAUUAGCUUAAUAGAAGAAGGAAUUAUAUUUUUAACAGCAGGUCAUCUUUACCUAAGGAGAACUAAUGAUUUCAUAAAACUUGACCAGAACUUUCAUAUUCCUUCGAAUAUAACUGGUACCGAAACAAGAACUUGGUGUUGGCCUGAGUAUGUACCAAGGGAAGGACUAGAAUUAAGUGAAAUAAUAUUGUGGACAAAAAAAGAAGUCUUUCUUGGAUAUGCUGGCUUAAGAUUUUUCAAAUUAAUAUGCCUUGAAGAGCUUGUGGAAAUUCUGGAUCUCCAUGAAGAAAACAUGGAUGAAUUUACUAUACACCGUGCAACUUAUACCUCAGACCCAACUGGAAUUGCUUUGUUGUUAGUUCACCCUCUAAAUGGAAGUCAAUCCAGUAUGAUGCAUUUAGUGUUCUAUAAUGAAAAUACAAUUAAAUGGGAACUACAAGACUUUGUACUGUAUUUCCCUCAGGAUCAAAAAUUGAAUGCACUAUUCCUGUAUUCAGCAUUGCCAAAUUUUGUAAUAUGGGAUACCAAGACUGUCUACUAUAGUUACCACAAGUAUUCAAAAAAUGGAUAUAUGAUGUCACCUCUUGGACAUCAAGACCUAACAAGUUUUGCAAAUAAUAGCUACAUUCACCAAGUUUUUAUAGAUUACUUUGGAAAUGGUUUGAUAAAAAUGUACAACAAUAUUAUGCUUUAUUUCAAAAUUGAUGUUACAGAUGUAUCACUGCUACAUAAAUGGGUUAAUGAAAAUGAGAAUACAGUAAUUUUAAUUAACACUGAUGGGGAAAUAUUUCUUACAAAUCUUAAUUACGGUUUAGCAAAAGUGUCAGAAUAUCCAUUAAUGUUGGAGUUAUAUAGUUCAAUUUAUACAGAAGUGAUUAGUUGUCCAUAUUUGUUGUUUGAGAGCAGUAUUUAUUUACGUGAUAUACGUAUGGACAAGAGAGAUGAACUGACAUUUUGGUCGCAAAUAGUCUAUCCUGAGAAUUAUGGUGUAUAUUCUAUUGUGGAAAUGAAUGGACCAGAAAUAUUAAAGCAGGAGAGAAAUGUUGACUAUGAAACAGCCUUGGGAAUCUGCACUAAAAAUCUGACAGUGACACUUUAUCAGAGGGUUGAUUAUGAAGCCGUAAAUAAUUACAGCCAACUCCAAGAUGAAAACAUGGGUCAUGUGAUGAUCCAACUGCGACCUAGUCAAUCUGCAAAAACAUGUCCAUUAUCUAAUCAGGCAAUUCAUGUAUUAGUUGGCUGUUAUACAAAAAGACACAUUGUACUCAAAGGAUAUGAAAAUAAAAAAUGUCAACAUGAAAACGUGAACUAUGAAAUUGAAAAGGAAUAUUUGAGGGGCAACCCACCUAAAAACAAGCUUAUAAAUUAUAAUGUUAGUGAAUAUGGCUGCCCUUUGCACAUUUAUAUGAUGGAAAAAUUCCACCCUGUCCUUCAAUUAUAUGAUGAUGAUGAAUUCGUUGAAGAUGUUACAGCAAAUUUUAUUAUCUGGGAGAUACAUGAAAGAAUCGAUUUCAGCUAUACCAUAACUAUGCAUAGUGCUGGUUGCGUGAAUGAAGCACAGACAUGGAAGUCAAUGAUAAAAGAAAAUAAAGACCUUCCCAUAGAUAAAGUCUGGGGCCCUGAAAAUUACAGACAUUGCUUUUCAUUUUCCUAUGGAAAACCUGGAGACCUAUCACAACCAUAUGAGAUUAUCAACUCUUCCAAUAAAAAUGAAAUAAUUUGGAAGACUCAUCAUAUUGGCUUUUAUGUGUUCCGGGUUAAGAUCAUUGAUCCAAACUACAGUUUCUGUGAGCUAACAACCACCUUUGCAAUUGAGACAUUUGGCAUACUCCCAAGAACAGAUCCCAUUAUGGUUUUACUCAUCUUGUUUGGUCUGAUCAUUAUCAUCUUCAUUUGCCUACUUGUCAGCUACUUCCAGUAUUUAAGGAUUUUUCGAAAAUUUAUUUAUGAACCAAGUGUAAAAUCAAAAAAUAAAAAGAAACAAAGACAGUAGGCAAGAUGCCAUACCAUAUAAAUAUUGUUUAUACAUAUAUUUUGUAAUAAGGGAGGAUAGAGACUAUAAAAAUCAUUUUGUCCAUAAUAAAUAAGUACAUUUAGGGACCAAAUUUAGCAUGUGAAAGAUGGUCUCUGAGUUACCUAAAGACUUAAAAUUCUUCCUAUUUUUGUGUGAUGUGUUUCCUUAAAUAGCAUCUAAUUUUUUAAAAUUCUGAAUAUUCUCAUGUUAUAUUUCAAAUAGAUCUGGGCUUGAUUAGCCUGUUUACCUUAAUGAAACAAAUUGGUCAGAUACACCAGUUUGAAGCUUGCUUAAUAGCAUGUAUAUUUAGGAAACCUGAAAUCUGAACUAAUGGAAAUUGAUGAUCUGCUAGGAUAACAAAUUUAUAUUUUCUUUAGUAAAGUUUAAGAUCUUGUUUGGUUUUUAUUUGUUUUACAUUGA